CAAACCGUCACAGGGUUUUGAGGAUUUUGGUGUGUAGCAUGAUUUUUGUACCAAGUGUUGUCCUUGUGUGUCGGUAGACAUGUCGAUGCUAGGGCGCUGCGUCGUCGACCUCUUGUUUGAACAUCAACUUGAUGGCUAAUGUUGAUUGUGUGAUGAAACGCACCUAUUUUCAUGGUUCGUUAUUGUGUAGCGACACCGUGUGGAUAUGACCCCGGACAACGCACCUCCAUGACCAUGAAUCACCUUCUCCAUAGACAUCAACCUAGGCUUUGGUACUAGUAGCUGCGGAAGUGACGACCCUAUUUUUGUCUAUCUACUUCCUGUCUUCCUUCUUGCUACUCAAGCUUGAGAGGCUAAGCAUUGAGAAGAUCCAUCUUCUCUCUUUUUUGGUACUCGACAAACUUAUCUUUACAAGUUACAACAACAUCAUAAUCAUAUAACGAACAUAGACUAAAGUUGUACUACUUAUCAAAAAUAUCAUUAAACACACAGCCGACAUCAAAUAAACAACAUGGCGGAUCCAUUCGCUGCCGUGGCAGGCGUCCCGGAGGUGAAGGCGGGCCAACGCGCCAGUAGCCGGACUCAGGGAGCGAAGCAGUUUUUUGAUGUUCUGCAAAACGAAGCAGCAGCUGAGCGCGUCGAGCAAGCGAUUUUUGCGCUCACGAAUAACGCAGAUGAUAAAAAGUACUUGAAGAUUUUGUAAUUCUAUUGAAGAAGGAUGAAAUAAAGCUCCAACAAUUAGUCGCUCGCGACUCUAAACUUCUGCAACACCUCCUGCUAGGCAAAUUCAUUCAUUCAUUCAUUCAGUAAGAAAAUUCUAAAUUUGUAGAUGAUCGAUUCAUCGUUAGAAGUGCCAAAUUUUUAGCGUGAAGAAAAUAAUGAAGAAGUGCAUAAUUAUUCCGCGCAUCACCACAACGAGCUCAACAUUCAAGUCUUCGAAAUGUCAACAUUGUCCAGUUCAAAAAUCAAGCAAACAGUAUCAAAAUCACGCACGACACACAGUUAUCGCAUGCGGAUUCGGCAAGUUAUCAGCGUGUUGAAGCAAGAGCGGUUUGGCGUCUUAAGAGAAGGUACUUAUUAAUAUUUUUUUUCGGCGUCGUGCAUUUUGAUUUCUAUUUGAAUGUUUCGUUGUUUGUUUUUGGUCAAUCAUUUCUUUUUGGAGCAACAGUCAUUUCUUUUUGGUCGAUCAAUCUACUUCUUCCGUUCCUUCUAAUAAAUCCGAAGGUAUUGUCCGUGAGAUGGUCGAUUUACACGAUUUAGUAACGACAAAGACAAAUGCAGCUGCGGUUAAGCCGAAUUAUCUGUCGGAUAUCAAGGAGAAGCUUAAAACGGUACUUUACAUUAUAAGAUUCGAGUUUGAUUCAUAGGAACAAUCAUGUUUGCCUUUCUUGCUUGUGACCAUGAACGACGAGAAAAAUUUCAUCUAAUACUAAAUCUACCAGUACAUCGAACCUGCAAUCCAUCUGCUUUCACUGACUUUACCUCUCAAAUCACUCCUCCAAUUCAACUAUGAUCCUACACAGGCUGGCGAAUCCGAGUCUAGCGGUGAUAGCCCUUCCACCACAGGAAAUAAUAGUAAAGCGUCUUCUCCCGAUGACAAUUUAAGGGUUACCACAUUGCAUUCUUCACUAGCGUCCUUGACUUUUUUCCCAGUAGGAAAAGGGUCAGGGAUGACCUGAAGGGUGCAAUGACACAAUAGCUCUAAACAAUAGCUCUGAGAUUCCAGCGCCAACGAUGGCGCGCAGUAGUCUUGUUGCACAGGCGCCCGCUGCGGUUGUGCGGCCACAGCCCGGAGGUGGUGAUAAUCCUUUUGCAUCUGCAGGGGGAGGGUCGGAUAAUCCUUUCGCAGCUUCUGGUGGAGAACUACAGAAUUAUAAACCUCCUCAAGCACAGCAGCCUAAAAAUACCAAUGUGGCACAACAAAAUAGCACUUCUGUAGCACCUGCUUCAGCAGCUCCUGCUGCUCCCGCUCCAGCUAAGAUGAUCCCACCAACAAGUGAGUUACAUCAACAGUCGCCAGAAACUACAACAUCAGCCUCGUCCGACAAGAUGCCACCACCUGCGGGUCCUCCGGCUCCGAGUGCAGCUACUCGUGCUGUUCCACCGCCAGUACCAGAACAUCCUAGUCCAGCUGUUGUACAACAGAAUACUGCUUCUCCUGGUGCUGUCUUACCACGUGCUGCUACUCAGACAAAUAAUCGUUCUCCUUCGAUCGGGUUAGGAGGUAAUCCAUUUGAGCAGAUAGGUGGACAGCCACUACCUGUUGCACCGGUAAGAAAUAACGCCACUGUAGCACAACCUGGAGGAGAUGGAGCUAGUAGUACUGCUCAACCACCUUCUAGUAGAGGAGGUGCAGCGCCGACAGCGCCACCUGCUCCAUCCGCAGCAGCGAGUAACAAAGCAGUCUUGGAUAAAACGUUGAUUCAGCCCUUAUCUGUCCCAACAGCGCCACCAACUGCACCAACAGCGAAUGCAGCACCGGUGAAAGCACCAACUUCUCAACAUCAACAAAUGACAAGACAAGCACCAGAACAAAACCAAAAGGCUGCGCCUCAACAACAACAACAACACCAACAGCAACAAGCAAGUACUUCUACUAGAGCACCCCCAGAAGUGGCGCAAGGAGCUGUGCUGAAUGGUAGUCCGUCUCCUAGAGGAGUGAGUAUGCCUCCAGGUGGAAGCGGUGAAAAAAAGUGGGCUGAACAAGAGAAGAUGCACCAAAUGGCUCACGAUAGCAUCACAGCGAGGCUGAACAAGUUGCGGGAGAACAGUACUAGAAGACUUUUAUUUGGUUUCUUUACGGCGAAGGCGAUUCUGACUUUAGCUAAUUUUGUUUCAUUCGCUGUGAUUGUUACCACUAGUUCGGAACUGUUCACGUAGUCAUCGUUGCAUUCCAUUACAUACUACAUAUGAAUAUCUCCACCCUUUCCUCGCCAAUUCUACUUCAGAAUCUUCUCUCGCGGAAACGAUGCACCGCACUCGUGAGACUGUUCAACGCGAAGACUUUUUCCAGCAAGGCAAGAGCAGCAUGUUCCGACGAGGUCCUUCUGACCCGAAGUCUCUAGCUGGGCCAGCUUUCUCUUCUAGUACCUUGUCCGGUGGCGUUGACCGUUCCGAGCAGUUCGAGCGUGACAAGGCCAUGCUCGAGUCCGAGCGUGCGGCACUGGAGCGCGAAAAGACCGAUUUUGAGGCCGACAAAUUGAAGUGGAAGACAGACUUUGAAAGGGAGAAAGCUUCCUUUGCGGAGAAGGCGAAGACGCAUCAAAGGGCUCUGGAGGAGGAGAUUGAAAGCUUGAAGAGUCAAUUGGAAAAAGCGACCUCAUCUGCGGCUCUGAACCGCACAGCGUCUGAGACGGUGACUGAAGAAUUAGCGGCUCUAAAGCGACAGUUUGAAGCAGAGAGGGAGAAAGAACGGAAAGUGAUAGACGCAGAAAGAAAACGGUUGGAGGUCGAGAAACAAGUCUUCAAGAGGAAACGUACCUAUUCACUCAUACUCUUACUUUUUGUGUCAAUAUUUUGACUUUCUAUUUUAGAUCUUCGUGCAACGCUAAUCUAUUCUUCAUAAUUUGUAUUUGGUACAUAGAUAUGCUGCUCUGUACUGAACAAAAUAGAAUUCAAAGAGUACACACUCAUCGGCAAACUGUAUCCAUAUGAACCUUCCCAACCCAUAACAGAACAAGAGCUGCAAGCACGCAGUGAGCAGCCGUCGUCGAGUCUUCAGCAGACGCCAGCUUUGUUGAACGAUGAUUUGAUGGCCCACAAGUACGAAUGCCUCAAAGAACAGUUUCGAGUUCGUUCUAAGGAGCUGCAAGACGUGAAGAUGGAGAAUCAACUUUUCAAGCGACUUGAGGCGAAACGAGCACAAGAGUACCGGAUCAGCGAGGAUGAGCUCAAAUACACCUAUGACAAGAGGAUUCAGCAAUUGGCGACGCUGCUGGAGGAGAAGGGUAAGUAUUAGAUAAUGUGAGUGUGUCUUCUCGUUCUUGAAGGCUAGGCUUAUAUCGCGACAAAUUCAAGAUGGCGGACACGCUUGCGACCGCGCAGCGACCUGGCCUUUGCCACGGUGAUGCCCGUCAAGACUUCGGCGAUCGGCUGCCGGUGACGCGGAAAACGAAGGGGGGGCCAUUAGCGAAGCACGCGCCCCAUUUGGCCGGGCGGGUGCCCACUCUCGAAGGAAACGCACACGAAAGCAACAAGGCGCCGCGCAGAUUCAUGGCAGAGGGGUGGGCAAGCGGCUGGGGUUCUUAGGAGUCUGAUUGCACUGCGCGCGGACUCUGCGGCCCCGUCGGUUGGGCAGCAGUCGAGAAGUGCGGGGGGAAGUUCCGCGGAGCUUCGGUAGAUUGCGUUGGGGGUUUUGCAUGUGGUUCGUUCUCUGUGGAUGAUUUUCAAGGGAGGCGGCUUGAGGCGUGCGGUGUCGCCGGGUGGGGUGCGGGUGCCGAUAGCCUCCGACUGUCGUCUACCGCUACAAACCGCCACCGCACCCCCGGCGCCAUCCGCGAUACGGUCACCAGUGUGCGGCUGAGUUUCUACGAUUACUCGAUCGAAUAAUCGACACCAGUGCGCUAGCUGCCGACGUUGCAGUAGUGGCCAGCUGUGACGAACUCGGGCGUACAGAACGUCCCGAACGGCACCAGGUAGCUGUAACCGUAACGAGCGCGAUCAGUCGACUUGUCUACCACGACGCACUCGAAGCGACCGCUCAUAACGUCGCGUGCUUGGGCUGCGGCCAAUCCGCCGACACUCACAGCCACGGCGGUAGCCGUGCGUCGCGGUUAAUGUGCCGCCCUGCAUCUCGGUGACUGGUGCCGACGGAAGCACUUACCGCAUUCUUCCAGGAGCAGCGCGCGAGUAUCUGCCUGACGACCCAGGAGAGCAGCAAACUGAACGCGCUGAGACGGUGGGGCGUCUUGUGCAGCAGCGUGCCAACGCCCGGGGCCGCUUGUUCAUCUACACUCCGGACAGACAGCUCGAGCCCCUCCGUGAACAGGCUGACGUCGCCAAGGCACGGCGCGGGAUAUAUCUUCGUGCGGUCGGGCGGUUUCGUGCAGACGUCAACGCUUUGCGCUACGUUUCGCGGCGGCUGGUCUUCCAUUGGCACACGCGCCCGAUUCUCGACGUACAUCGUGAGAGCUUGCGCGACGCCGCGCGCAGCGCGUUUCUCGGCGGUCCUGACAAGUUGGCCACUCGCGCGCAAGCGCUUCGGGGAGCAUUUGGAGAAUGGUCGGAUCGAUUGAUGGGGCAACCCAAUCCGCACGGCGCGCGACUUGACUUCGCAACCGCAUACGGCUACCGCCUUGGCGAUCGAGCUCGAGCAGGCACUCGCUCACGAGGCGGCCAACACUGAACGAAGUGCGGACGGCAGGGCCGGCACUCAGUCAACUCCGCGACCAUCUUGGGCGACGCGUCUCCGCCUUCAGGGCGGCAGUUAACGACCGGACUAGGACAGCGAACAACUGCGCUCCCUCUCGCAACUCCUUCCAGACGACUUCAGCGGGUUCCGCCAAGAAGCCUUCGGCGCGAGGCCGACCGACGUAGCGACCCGGCAUCACGCGGAAGCUCCCGAGGAUUGGGGCGCGGCUCUGGAUCGGAUUGAUCGCACCCGGAUAGCCGCGCCUCGGAACGCAGGCGCGUUGGUGAUCGCAGUCAGCUUGGCCUUUGAGGGCGAUCGGCUGAAGUACGAGUAAGGGGUGGAGAACGGUCGAUGGAUGUAACUAACGAGGACCAUGCGACGACUGGACAGCCGCCGGGUGCGGCUGGGUGGUAGUCUACAGGGCGGGGCAAGCAGUCUGAUAGUAGCGCGACGCUUUUGCGUACAGCAUCUAACUUUUAGCCCGUGUGCGUAUUACUGGUGGCCCAGGCCGACCCAUCCUGAUUGCCAGCGGCUGCGCGAGUGGGUGCCCAAGCGAGGUGGCAGGGUGCGCUCUCGGGUCACGGGGUGGGGCUCGCUGAUUCUCAGCAUCGCAAUCACUGGUCUGGCCACGAAAUUGCGACAGCAUGUCUACCAAGGGUGGCUCAGCACGCUCGAUGAGCUUCUGCCAUUCGAUGCACUUCGUCACCACGCCAAAGCCCGACAAGCCGUGGCCACGCGGCAGUGCGCGCGCAAACAUCUCACCACCGUCGACGCGUGCACCCGUGUGCCAGUCAUUCUGAUACCAAGACCCAGCAGACAACGCCACGCACUGCUGGGCGCCGAUUUGGCGGCGUCUCCUGUCAGUCGGCGGGCCGCUCAGUUAUGCGCAGCGGGGACAGUUGCGGGCUGCAAAUCAACGGGAGCGGCAGAAGCUGCGGCAGGGCGUUCUUUGUGUUUUGGGCGCUGCUGUUCGAGUGUAUUCCUUGCGCAGGGGGCUGGGUUUUGCAAAUGGCCUGAGCGCGUGCUGGGUCGGUGGCGUUCUAUUUUUGGCGUGUUGUGCAACGUAACAGCGCCUGGCGUGACUUGAGGGGGGAGGAUUUUUUUUCCCGCGCUGCGCGAACCGCAUCGGCGAUGAUCGCGGGGAAGGGUUUCUUUGCGUAAAUCCCCGGGAUGCCUACGAACCAACCCGCCGCCCAGACGGAGCACUUUCUCCGUCGCGCUCAUUCUUGACACAGGUCAAGCCUUCAAGUUCAACGGACAGGCGCGGGGCCACUGUGAGACGACUGCCGGGCAAAAUAGAACCGGCGGGCGCCGCUCUGGCAAGAAGAUAAAGCAGGGCGAAGGCCAUCCAGCAUGGAGCGAGUGGCGCAGGCCCUCGAGCACGCAGACCAGAGUCGCGUGGCUUCGUUCGUCUGAAGUGACUCGGGCGGCGUGGUCGAGCGUGUGGAGGUUAUGGCAGGCGCCGGCAAAAGUGUCCAAUCUCUCGGUAAAAUGUAAGCGCUUCGGCUCUGCUCCUUAUCCCUUAGCGCCUCCCCUCGUGUGUUAGUUUUGGUGGGGUGUCUCUGUCUGUCCGUCGGUCGUUUCUCUUCGUUGGGAGGAGUAGCCCGGUCAUCUUCUAAUCGGUCUCCUUCUGGAAAAUGAACCGACAGACACUAAUUAAUUAUUAGAUAAAGCGCCAUAAGUAACCCAUCUUGGGCCAUUAAAUGAGAAUCAGUUUCAUGGAUUUUGAAGUGCCAAAAUCUGGUCCAUUAUCUUCAUCAACACGAUCUUCCUUCUUUGUUUUCACAACACACAGAUGGCCACAUCAAGGCGAUUGAAGAACGUCUCGCCGCAGAGAUUCAGCGAAAGAUCAAGAUUAGUGAGGAGACCAAGCAGCGAGAAAAUAUGCUUGUACGCCAGAAGGAGAUGCUACGCGAACAACAUAUGAGGGAGAAAGAUUUGACUCGAAAACUGAGAUCAGCAUCGCUAUCGGCAUCGAUGCAGACGAAUCAGAGCUUGGUACAUUUACUCCAUUUGGUUGAUGAUCUGGCUCGAAUUCGUCUUCAACACUACAGUUUAUCGCAUAUUCUAGUUCUUUAUCCUCUCGUUCCAUCGAUCCUGAACAUCAUCUCCACCCACCGCCACAAAAUUAUGGUCUCUUCCUAACUCCUUCACGUUCACAUACCAGAUCAACAGCACAAGUGGUACGAAACCUCCGCUGCCGCCAUCGAUCCGUGGCUUUGACGCUGCUCGUAACCCCUUCCAGAAAUACCGCGGAGAUGGCUACGCCUCUAGUUUGGCUAAAUCUCCGAAUGAGGGCACUAGUUCAGUCGACCCCUUAGAACAACGUGCGAGUGAUCGGGCGAACCCGUUUUUGUCCGAUUUUCCUUUGAGUGAUUUCGGAGCAGGAGUGAACCUCGGAAGCCAGCAUCAACAACAAGUGAUUUUGAAUCACGCAGUAGGUCGUGGCAGCUCCGUCGAUAGUUUCAAUCCCGGAGCACGUCGCGUUGGAGGCUCAACGACGAUGAACUCGUCCAUCAUUAGCAACAACCAUUUCGGAGGUGGAGACAACAACUCUCUAGGCGGAGGAGCACCAGGUGAAGUUUCUCGUGGUCGUGGUGGUUCCUCGAGUUUGUUCAAAGAUCACGACGCAGCGUCCAUGACUAGCAACACGCCAAUGAGUCACCAGUCUCGCGGUGCUGCUGCUGGUGCCAAUGGCUCUAUUGGAGGUGGUCAUGGUCAUCCACCUAUCAUGCCUACUGGAGGACCGCGGUCGACCAGUUCGCUUCUAGUGAAUCCAAGCUUUGCCGCUUCUUCUAGUAAAGAAAGUGCAGGGUCGCAAAGAGGAGGAGGAGCUAGUACUUCGAACGAUUUUUUCAACCCUGCAGCGCCUGCUGGUACUAGCAAGGAAAGCGGAAAUACCUCAGCUGGAGCUGUUCCGCCACCACCGGCACCGAGUGACGCCUCAACCUCUGGAGUAGCUGGACAGCAAGCGCAGCAACAACCAUCGUCGUCGCCAUUCGACCAGAUGAUGGCGCCUCCACCACUGAGAGCUUCUCAACUUCCUGCUUCUGCUAGAAGUAACGCAGCUGCUAAGAGUCUAAUUCCGCAACCAGUCAACGGUGGUGGAGGUGGUGGCACUUCGAGUUCUCCCUUCGACACCUUCGGAGGCGGACCAGGUGGAGCAGCCCCUCCAGUUCAUUUGACGUCUUCCCCCUUUGGCGCAGGCCCGAGUGGAGCUGCGUCUGUAGCCACGCCAGCAACAGUGCUGCCGCACCACGGCUCACCACACGAGCCUCCUGCACCAGUAUUUUCAACUAGUAGAGGGCCAUCACCGACUCAGCCGCCUCCCGCUUCUCAAACAGGUAAAAGCAACUUGAUGAACAACAUGGAAGAUCUCUUCAGCGACAUGGAGACUCCCGCUGCCGUCUCGAGUCGAUCUAGAUCGUUGAACCCUUCUCCUCCAAAUGUUGCUCCAGUCGUUGCGCCACCACCACAGGCAGGAGGAUCUCAGAUGAAUUCUUCUCAACAAGCUGGUGGGACGACCACAAACAAAGUAGUCCCUCCACUGAACUUAUCGAGAGUCGCUGGAGACAACAGCGUCAGUACGACAGGCACCAGUUCAGCUAUGAAGUCUUUCUCCAAACCGAAUGACCCUUUCGCGACUGAGGAUGAAAGCGGAGCAGACUUCUUUGCGAUGAUGGCGGCUGGUGGUGGAACUAGUGGCGGAUCGAAAACGUCUAAUGCGCCUAGUACAGGAGCUGCGAAUGGCAGUGUUAAUCCACCUCCUGCUGGACAAGCGUUAAUCUCCACGACAGGGACAACGUCAACGAUGAACAUCAACGGCUUACAAGCUAGCACUUCUCACAACCACAUGAUGAACAAUGCUGGGCAGGGUCAGGGUCAAGCUCCACCUCUUUUUUCAGCAGGAGCGACUGCUAGCAAGACGACAAUCGCACCUGCUAGUGCAACUAAUCAACAUCAGCCGUUGUUUCCAGCAGCUGCUCCCACAGCGACGUCGACUUUCCCUCAACAACAUCACGCGCCAUCUGGACUGCAGCCCCUCAGCUCCCAGCACCAUCAAACUGCGGUACCAACUCCCCUCCAACAACACCAUCAGACCUCUUCCUUUCCUCAUCAACAACAACAGCAGCAUGCUCCCCUUAAUAAACAGGAUAUCUACCAUCAGCAACCCCAACAGCAACCCCAAGUGAGCAGCUUCCCACCACAAGCUCAGCAGCAACAACAACCUCAACAGAGUAAGAGCUCUGACCCUUGGGCUUCGGAUGAUGGUGCCGAUUUUUUCGCGGGAUUGCGAACCAACGCUCCUCAAGCAGCGAGCAAAACGGCUACCGCUCCAACCACUCAGAUGGCUGACCUGUUUGGAGAUGGACCAGGGUCUUUGUUUUAAGUGUGUCAGGAUUUGAUGAUUCCUGAUCGAAAGGGUCUUUGUUUUAAGCUGAUUGGUUUCCUCCUCGAUGGCUGUUGAGGUCAGUAGGUUGAGUCAAGGAACUGAUCCUUCAUCUAUCUCUGCUGUGUAUCUUCAUCUGAGUGACCAAAUUAUUCGAGACUCGAGAGGAAUACUAGAACAACAAGAAGGGAUACAUAAGAGAUGGGUUUUUACAUUACAUACAUGAGAUUGAGUUUUUAAGAACUUGUUAGAGAAUAAAAAAAUCAAGCUUGAUGUCCUUUCCAGAAAAGGGAAGGUGGAGAUUGUUCUUCUUCACCAGUAGACGAGAAGAACAAGGUAGAUCAUUCUUCCACUUAGAUUUCUAUCUUCACAAAAAUUUAACAUCAACAGUAUAACCGACUAUCACGUGUGAGUACAUUCCUUUUUCAGUAUAUUUAAGGUGUGUUUCUUCGAAGAAACUGUCAUAUGUUCGUAGUACUAUUUGUCUCUCUAAUAAUAUCUUUUGAACAUUUUUUAAGCUAGUGGUACUAUCUGUUAUCUAGUAGAAGUACUAAGAAGUUGUGAACUGUUGGAGAUGAUCAUGAAGUCUCGUUUUUUUUCGUAAAAAUAUGAAUCUUGAUCUUCAGGUUUAGAAGAGAGACACAGGUUGAUUGUGAGUAUCUUGGUGAGGUACAACUUAUAGCAUCAGAUCAGGCAUCUAAAGGAGCCUUUGUCGAAGAAAAAAUGGUGGAUUCGAACUUGAUGAAGAUAGAAGAUAUUGUCGUGGUCCUUCUACGCCCUGCUAACUUCAUGAAGAUUACGAAGAUGGUUGGUAGGGUUAGUAGACAAGGUGGUGGUAGUAGAAGUGCUUUUGCGAAAAGCUGCAAUAUCUGAAAGAUGAAGGAGGAAGGUCUGUAUUUUCAUGUAGCUGAAGCUGUAGGUCCUCUCCCUAUUUUGGAUAUUUUGGAUUGUUGAAGACGAACACAAUGAAUGAAAACUGACAUACCACUUCUCAAAAUUGCCCGUAGCUGCAAGCACAUACUAGGACAACUAAGAGAUCAUGAUGAGUACGUGUUAGAUGGCCUAGGACAGAAGAACUAUUCUAUCUAAAAUAUUAUAUUUGUCAUGUGAUUUUUUCAUCCGUCAUUCUUUUCUCUCAGAAUGAGAGCGGUCUUCUGUCAGAAUUUGAGGGUCUCAGACAACUGACUCCUGUGAGCACAGUCAAGGACAAGGUAGCACCAAACGACCCGAAGUCUUCCAUUUUACUGUACAAACAUCAAUCGAAGAAAUUCUCUUCUCGUCUAUUUUUAAGUACAAAACAAACAAUCAAUGUUGUGAACCAGGAUCCAUCAUCUUAUGAAGAUGUUAAAGCAAAGACUUUUCCGUAACGAUCCUGAUUUUUAUCUCCGUAAACCCACUACAGAGCUCUACAACUUAUUGGCAUGAUUCAUGAUGUCUCGUAC